UGCCGUAUUCCGGUUCGUGUAGUUUCAUUCUAUACUACAACAAGCAGGAUGUGGCUCUCUACAUAUAGCGCGUUAUUAGCGUUAAUUUGUUUUCUUUUGGUUCGGCACGGCGCGUUUGGACUUCAGGACGUGACUGGAGAUUUAUUCGGGUCGGAAAAUGUGGGCACAGUGGCCGCGUUUGGAGAUUUUAACUCGGAUAAACAAACUGAUGUUUUCGUCAUCAGAGAAGACUCGGAGCUGGUGAUUUUCUUGGCUGAUGUUAAAAUUCCAUAUUUCAAACCCAAAGUGCAUGUAAAGAAAGACGCAUUUCCAAGUGGUGUCAGUGUGAUCAGCAGUGUGGUUCCAGCUGAUUAUGAUGGAGAUUCUCAGAUGGAUGUUCUGCUCACUGGCCACGCGACAGGAUCAGACCUGCAGCACACCAGCGUCUUCGUCUUCUGGGGGAACAACCAAACUCUGAAUCAGAGCGCCAGAGUCGACCUGAACAGGACCUUUAUGGAUCAACCUCUUGUAAUGGACUUUAACGGCGAUAUGAUUCCGGAUAUUUUCGGAAUGGUGGACGGAUCCACAGAGGUCUGCUAUCUCCAUGGCAGGAAGCUGAAGUGUGAGAAAGCUCUCGGGUCAGACGUGCAGAUCCGCGUUCCUCACUCCAACGCUUUCAUCGAUCUGAACAAGGACUUCACGGCUGAUUUGUUUCUCAGCACGAGAUCGAAGUCGGGAUUUGAGUUUGAGACGUGGAUCAAUACGGAUGGAAACUUCACUAGGAACUACACAGCAAAGGCACCAGAGAACGUCAGACAAGUGGGCCAGUCUGCUUUCGUCGAUUUUGAUGGUGACGGUUCUCAGGAUCAUCUCCUGCCCGUCUGUAUGGACGACGCGUGUACCAAAAGCGCCAUUUACCUGGCAAAGCCUGGCCAGCCUGAGUGGGUUCCUGUGCUGACGGAUUUCCAGAGGAAAGACUCACUGUGGGGUUUUGUUCCUCCUCCGGACACGCCCUCGGAGAACGAGUUUCAUCCCCAAAUCACGUUACACCUGGGCGACUACAACCUGGACGGCUUCCCUGACGCUCUCGCCAUCCUGAAAAACACCAGCAACAGUGCUCAGCAGCAGGCGUUUCUUCUGGAGAACGUGGCGUGUAAUAACGUGAGCUGUAGAGACGUAGGACGUAUGUUCCGCGUGCACUGGGACCAGUCGGACCUGAACGCCAUCCCCAAAGCCGUCGUGGCCACGUUCUUCGACAUCUACGAGGACGGAAUUUUGGACAUGAUCGUGCUGAGCCGGACGGAGGGGAAGAAGGAGCUCACCAUCCACGCUCUGAAGAACAACUUCGAGGCUGACGCUUAUUUUGUCAAAGUGAUUGUACUCAGUGGGCUGUGCUCUAAUGACUGUCCUGACAAAGUGAAGCCGUUCGGUGUGAAUCAGCCCGGUCCGUAUGUCAUGUACACGUCAGUGGACUCUAACGGCUACCUGAAGAACGCCUCAGCGGGUCAGCUGAGUCAGUCAGCACAUCUCUCUCUCCAGCUCCCCUACACCGUCCUGGGCCUCGGCCGCAGUGCCAACUUCCUGGAUCACCUUUUCGUUGGCAUUCCCCGACCCCCUGGAGUAAAGGAGAUGAGGAAACAGGAAUGGACCGCCAUCAUCCCCAACUCUCAGCUCAUAGUCAUUCCUUAUCCAAACAGUGACCCUCGCAGUUGGAGUGCUAAACUCUAUCUGACUCCCAGUAAUAUUGUGUUGCUGACGGCCGUGGCGCUGAUCGGAGUGUGUGUUUUUAUCCUGAUCAUCAUCGGUGUGCUGCACUGGCAGGAGAAGAAAGCAGACGACCGCGAGAAGAGACAGGAAGCUCAUCGCUUCCACUUCGACGCCAUGUGAAGAACCAGAGUGCAUCAUGGGAAGAAUGAAGGUCCAUCAUAAGCAUUCAUCUCAAUGGAGAGUUUAUUUAUUAAUUUAUUUGAUAUGUUUUCCCCACUGGAUAUGAUUUAUCUGUUCCAGUUGAAUGUGAUAUUGAAUGUUGGAGAUUUCGGGAAAGUGUGGCCGUUAUUCCUCACUUCUGAAUUUUUUUUCUCCUUAUAUUUGUAUAUGAUGGACGUUUACUUGAGCGUUACAACAUUACAGGAUGUGCUUAUCGGUGAAGAGAACAGGGAGUAUUGAUUUUCAUAAAAAGCAAAUGAAUGUUUCUGUGCCAUUUUAUUUGUCCUUCCGGCAUAAAGUGUUAAAUGUAUUUCUUUCUCUGCUGGUGCAAAAGGGAAAAAGUGUGUCUCUUGCGCAAAAGAAAAAGACCAGGACCAGUUAUGGGAGAUUAGUCUUUAUUUUUGGUGCUUGUUUUGAUGUGCUUUAAUAAAAUGGCUGCACCAGUCAUAGUUAUCUGGCUUGCUCUUCAAUGCCUAUGAAUAAAACUGAAAAUCUUUCCUGAGCUAAUCAAAAAAAAAAAAAAAAAAAACAAAAAAAAACACACAUUUUAUUCAUGCAGUUUGUACUUUCUUGGCUUCCUGUAAGAGCAUGUUCCUUUUCCUCUUUGGCAAAUGGUCUUCAAUCAUCUAAGAAAUUUGCUUCUUUAGUUUUGCACUCCAGCUAGUCAGUAAUGGCACCUUACAGCCACCAUUUUAGCAUCACCAUUCGUACAUGAAUAGUCUAAUAAAACAGCAGAUUUUGUAAAGCUCCAUAUUAAAAAAAGUAAAUAUGCAAAUCAAAUUGGAAACAUUAUCAUUUGAAACACUUCAGACAUAAAAUUCAGCCUUCAGACUUUGGGGAGUAGUGGUAAUGUGAGCACUAUGAUACGAAACUUGAGCCAAUGAGGAAAGAAGUUUCCUUUCGUAAUGAAAACGGCACACUGGAAGUGCACACUAGGUGUCUGACCCAUGACCUUUAAUACCCUUUCUCCAUUUUUAUCAAACAUGAAACACAUAUCAAAUACAGAAACCAUUGCAGUAAGUUCUGCCAUUUUGGAAUUGUGCAGAUCACAUGACAGUCAUAAGAAAAGUUCCCUCUUUCUCUUACCUACAACUCAUAAUGCAUAAACUCUGCUUAACAAUUUAUCCAGUCUGGACAAUGGUUUCGUUAAAUAAAGAUGCAGUUUUUAGUGUUGAUAGAAAGGCAUAACUGUUUUUUUUUUAUUAUUAUUUUUUAUUUUACCCACGUUAGUGUAGACUUGACUUUAGUGCCAAUAAGGAAAAUUAUUUGACUUCAAGAUGGAGCUGUGCCUGUUUUUACUUCUGUCUUUUUUGCUUUUCUAUUAGUGUCAGAAAUAACAAACAAGUUUACAACACUGAAUAACUCCACAAAACUGUUUAAGUUGGUGUGAAUGUGUGAUGAUUUAGACAUCCAGAUUCCACAAAGCUAAACCUGAGGCUAUAAGCUUCCAUUUCUUCUUAGCUACAUUAGCAUCAAGGCUUCAGUGCAAAAUUUAGAAAGCAAACGUAUCUUGGCUAUUAUGCCAUAAGUAAGAAUUUGUGUACACUUCAUAUUUGGCCCAAGUUUUCCUUUAAGAAUGGGAUUUUUAUUAAUGCUAGUUUCAUGCUCUCCGUUUAAGUAAAGCCAGUCACGUGCACAAAUGAGAAUAUGAUGGAAUUUUAUGCAGAAUAUUUCCCAUCAUGCCCUUUGGUCCAAACAGGUGUUCCUUCAGCUUCCACUUACAUACAUAAUAAAACAUCAAACAAUGCAUCAUUUUUGGUGGGGAAGUGGCAAUAGAAAUAGUCAGUGGUGAGAUAUGGAUAUGAUUUUUGAUUGUGUGUGUGUGUGUGUGUGUUUGAAAAUUUCCUGUUAAUUGAUUAUUAUUAAUAGAUUUGUUAAUAGCUCAUAAUGUCUAAAAUGUCACGUUCCGGUCUUACUUUUAAUUCAACUUUCACUUUAUUGCUUUAUUGAAUUACCUGCUGUUUGCUGUGUGGAGGUCAUUCCUGACUAAUUCAAUGUUAGCAUUAACACUGGUAUUAUUGUUUGUAUUUUUGGUGAUUCUUAAUUGUAUAAUAAUCUUUGUACAAUGUUGGGUUAUGGGUGUGAAUUAGAUUCACUAAUGAUGAAUUGUUCAGCUUGUGAAUGGUUUUCAUCAUGCUGCAUUAGUCAAUACUUACAGGUUAAUAUUAUUGACUCUCAUUUGGCAAAAUAAACAUUUUUAUUUAUGGAGAACUUGCAUGAUAAUAAACUCUAAAGCUGCUGUUGGUUUUCAGGACUAAACAUUUCAGGUUCUUUCACAACUUUCAGUCUGUUUGCAGUGUCUGAUUCAGAGCAAGUUGAUAUUAUUUACCGGUUUAUUAUUAUUGGUUUGCUUUCACACUGCACUUAAUUAAAUGAAUCAAAAAGCAAAAAAAAAAUUGUCUGAGGGGUGUGUAGGGCUGAAAACACCCUCACAAAGCUCUUUCAUUCAUUUUCAUUCAUUCAUUAGAAAUACAGCAACAGAAAUCAUAGAAAUCACAGAAAAGCAUGGAGAACACGGAGCCAGCACUUAAUAAAUGAUUAGAUAAUUAUAUAAAUAACUAGUUUAAAACAAUUUGUGUAUACAGCAGUCAUUUUCACUCUUUUUGUUCGUAGGUCCAAAUCUCUAGAAUACUAGAGCAUAGUGCAUUUCUGGAGAGCUACAGCUCUGUCCUUUGGCUCAGUCUGUCCUCGCAGCUCAGUUUAGCAGCUCACACAAAAAAUAAUGCUGUGUUCUUACCUGCCAAGGUUGGGAACACAUCACGAUUCCAUUCACCCGGACUAAACACUGCGUAUGUGGCACCCUUAGGGUGAUUUCAUAUAUACAGUAUUUUGUCCAUUAAAUAGAUCCCUGGUGCAAACCCUGGAGCUGUAGCACUGCAGAAACCCCAUGUGUUGUGGAUACCAAGGAAGAAAACAAGUAAAAUAAACACUGGACAUUACAUGCAAAAUGUUUUAAAGUAGUUACUUAUAUAUUACCUCAGCAAUUUAUUGCACUUUGGUUGCUCUGUGUAUUUAUCAAUAAUGAAUAAAAGAGUUUCAGUAGGAUGUUUUCAUGUGUAGUGUGAAAGCAAACCAAACCAUGUAGCAAAUGAACCAAAAUUAUCAAUUUUCGCACUGAUUCAGACUCUCAAAACAGAUUAAUGAGUAUGAAAGUGCCCUUUGUGGUUAAAGUGGUCUGUGGCAGUGUUAAUGGUGUAAGUGAAACUGGCAUCUCUGUGGCCACAACAUACUCUGGUAUCUUUAUGUUUCUAGGUCUAUGAUAUCUAUAACACAUUUGUUUUGUCUGAACUGUAUUGUAAUAAAAUACUUUAAACUGGAUUAUCUUUAAUAUUGAGAGUCAUUAAAUGUACAUGGAUUCAACACUGGAAAAUAAACAUUACCAAACAUUCA